AUGUCGCAGCGAUUUCUUCAUCCUGCUGCUGCCAUAGCCCUAGCGAGCGAUCAGCCGCUGUUUCAAGCUCGUGGAGACUUUCCAUCCAAACGGGAGAUCGGCACCGUCAUGCUGAACCAAAUUUCGCCAGUGGUCUUCAACUCUGUCAGUGCUCAAGAGAUUGUCGAGCAUCCUUCGCACUACUCCACUUGCCACUGCUACAGCGGCGUACUGGUGUCUCCAAUGACCGGGCAUCGCGUCAGAAUCCAGUUCCGAGGCUCAAGGCGGCAGGUCCAUGAUGGCAAGGACCCUCACGCAGCUCCUCAUCACAAGCUCCCCAAACUCUCGCACUCCGGUCCUUGCCAGAGCGUGCGAAUGUACCAGUCGACGUGUGUCGUUGGCGCGCCGUGGAUUGUCUUCAGGAUACCCCCUCCCAUCCCCGGAUGGGAACUCGAGUCCCUGCCGUCCACGCUUGAGCCUGCGAUGCCGAAUCGGCCCCAGAACAAGGCGGGGGACAUUCGAGGUCUUGCACGCUUCUUCACCAAUCAGGUCAAGAAGACGGAGGAUAUCGUUGUGGCUUCGGGCAUCUGUGACUUCCAGUUGCUCGCAUCAGGGGCUGAGAAAUCGCUUUAUCAGCAUUUCCACCCGGCGUCAAAGACCGCGUCCCUACUCCGCUGGUGCGUCGACAAGGUCCGCUUCAAUAUCGAAGAGUUGCAGGAGCUGCCGUACGUCUUGUUUCACAAGAAAGCAACUCCCAAAGAGUAUGUCCAGGAGCCGCGCACCGGUCUGGUUUCGGGCGUCCUGCGAUGGGACGACGUUCACUACGAGCCCAUCGGCUUCAGCCUGGUCUUUGUCGACUACCUGCUGCGGAACCCAGCCGACUUCGCCCAGCGCGCGAGCGAGGCCUCGCUCGGGGCGCCGGACUACAGUUUCUACGGCGCCGUCUUGGCCAACCUCAGCGAGGCGGGGUUCCCGGACGUCACUCCCCAGCUCCUCCAAGCCGCGAGGGCUGCCGGCAUGCUGGACUUCGCCUUCAGGCAUUGCGUGGAGCCAGACACGACUUUCGCAAAGAACUUGCUGUUGUCUCACAUGAUAUUCCUGGCGCACGUCGAGGAAUACAUGCAUCGGUGA